GGGCGUCGUUUUGAUAGUCAGAGUAUGCAAAGUUGUGCUUGAGCUUUAGCAAGAAGUAUGUCGUCAAAUAGAAAAGAAACCGAUUAUGAAAGAGAUCUAAGGCUGAAGAUCGAGGAGAAUAAGCGUCUUCUUCGGGAGCUGUUCCCGGUGGGAGCAAAUUUAGAUCGAAAUAUCAAUGGCAUCUCUUCUUCGCCUGUGUCGCGUGGAAGAGAAAAACGCGAAUCAUCGAAACGGAGAGCAACCAUUCAUGUUCCACUUCGCCGCAAUCCUAACCGUCAAAAACGCUCAUAUCAAAGCUACGACAGCGAAGAAGAAGAUGCUGAAGAGGUCGUUUACACGGAGAACACUUUGAUUGUGAAGUGGCCAGGCCCUUUGACAGCAAAGCUGUUCAACAGACAGUUCAGCGAUAGAUCAUCCAACGACACUGACUCGGAUUCAGACUCGCCCUCUCGGAAGAAAAGAAAGGGUUUCACAAGAAAAGCAGUUCCAAGAGCCCCAGUUGAUGUAAGGGAAGAAGAUCUAGUAUUGGUAGCCGAAAGAGUUGCGGACAAGAACUACGAUGCGGUCAAUGGAACAAGCUGCCAUCAGUGCAGACAAAAGACCGAUGAUUUGAAAACAACGUGUAAAAGUAACUCGUGUGUAGGGAUCAGAGGUCAGUUUUGUGGACCAUGCUUGAGAAACCGCUAUGGGGAAGACGCUAAAGAGGCUAUAAUGAACCCAAAUUGGUCCUGUCCGCCAUGUCGAGGAAUUUGCAACUGCAGUUUCUGCAUGAAGAAAAGGGGAAGGCGAGCUACGGGGAUUAUGAUCCACUUAGCAAAGGCAAGUGGCUAUGAAGAUGUUAAAACCUACUUAGGUGAUUAAAUUAGGGAUCUUCAAAGAGAGCAAGAAAUCCGGGAAACAAUAGUAAAUAUUUUAAAUAAUACGAAAGUCUAUUGUCCAUUUAAUUAAGCAUUACUAAGAUUGUUAAGUUUCCCAGACAUCAAUUAGUGUAAUUUUUACAUAUAUAAGAUAUCUACCUGGAUAUUAUUAGAGAUUAUCUGGAUAUCAUUAGAGUUUAAUCAGUUUAUUAAAGAUUUAUACCGAACCCUAUAUAGUGUUACACUUUAAAACUAUUUUUCUUAUAAUUAUGCGUGGAAAAACCUUUUAUACUUUAUGUAAGAUUAUUAGUAUUCUUAUAAUAAAUAUUUUUGCAUAUUUUGUUUGCAUUCAUCGUCAUUGCAAUAUAAACAUAGUCUCCUCGUGCAACCAUUAUGAGCCUCAUAACAGCUGCGAGAGGCAGCCACA